AUGACGGACGAAUUAAUUCAGAACGAAGUAAAUAUGGUUACUACACCAGAAUAUUUAAUAUUUAUAGAUGAAACAUCAAAAACAACUUUUAAUGAAAAAUUAAAACGCGAACGACCUUCUAAUUUAACCACAAAUAGAGUGAUUCAAAGAGAUGCAGAUUUAAAAACUAGCCCUCAAGAUUUAAUAUUUAAAAACGAAACACCAUAUACAAUUAGUAGAAAGGAUGAACUAAAACGUCAAAAACAAAAUAUUACGCGCGAAUCACAACGUUCUGCAUCAUGCCCUGUUGAUUAUAAAUCUAAGUCUAGGAAUAAAAAACCAUUACGGUCAAAUUCAUUGCCUAUUAAAGUAAACGAAGAAUUUAUCGAAAAACAGGUCGAAUUAUGGAGUGAUAUACUAUUGGGUGAAAAUUUCGACAACGUAACUGAACCGGUUGACGAAACCUUUAUUCAAGAAUUUGACACUGAUUUUAAGAAUAACAGUUCAUUAUAUGCAAAUGCAUCUACCUCAGGAUGCAUGCCAUUUUAUGCAGACAUAUCUCGGAUUAAUGGUAGCUACCCUCUUCCUGCAUAUACAAAUUGGGUAGCUACCUACUUAUGGCGAUGCC